AUGCGGGCAGCUUUCGCGAGCAGCGAUAUCUGCAGCUACUUAAAGAUUUACCUUGCACAGCACUCUCAACCUCCGAACCUCAAAGACAUCUCCGACACUACACGAAGCACCCCCGCGCAGCAACAUACCACCAUCAUGAAGCGAAACAGAAGCUACCAAGACGAUGAAGACGAGUACGAGCCACCCACCAAGAAAACCACCAGGAAGACUACCAAGAAAACACCCAAGAAAGCCCCCUCACUUCGUGUCACUCGAUUGAUGAAGGUGGAUGCAAGCCGUCGUGCUGUUUUUGAGACCGUGGAGCUGCUGGAGAAUAUCCUCGAACAAUUGCCCCCUCGUGAGAUUAUCGUGUGCGAGAGGGUGUGCAAGCAGUUUCAACGGGUCAUCAAGUCUUCCUUGAAGAUGCAGCGGAUACUUUUCAGGACCGUUGACGAUGUUGGUGAGAAAUGGACUGUGCGUGAGGAGUUCUCGCUGGAAGGCGAUAUCACGGGCCUGUAUCACUUCGAGCCUGCGCCAACUUCUCAGAAGCAUCAGGACGGGACCUCAACGACUUACCGGGCGUGCCGACUGAAUACCACUUUCUUCGAGCACAGUUUUUCUGAUGUUGACCAACCGAACAAAAUACCGAAUGCCGCGCAGGUACACGUCACAGGUAGCACCACAGUCAAUUUCAGACCCGAGAUCAGUCACAUCCUCAUGGACAUGGUGAGGGGCAAGUCAGGAUCUUGGGGUGACAUGUAUAUCACAUCUCCCCCAUGUCAGCAAGUUCGCAUCAGCGUGAGAAUAAAGUUCAGUCCGACGCAGUCCUGCCAAGUCGUUAAGAACAUCAUUGCGUCCUCUGGUAUCACGCUUGGCGAACUCGCAAGUCAACUGUCGGCCAGUACUGGGAGAGAUGACUUUGGGCUGGGCAAUUCCAGGCAACAGAUGACCCGGCGCUCUGGUUGGAACCUAUGGCUCGACUGCUCGGGCGGAAGUCUGAAAGACUACGUCGCCUCCGUGAAGUCAAAGACUGGCCGCGAUACGGGGAUAGUAUCUGGACCCCACGGGCCCUGGUUGAAGCUCGACGGCGUAGUCCUCCCCACUGAGGAGGAGAGAGAAGCAGUGCGAGGUCGAGCGAGCGAGUCGGAAGUGUAG